UAUUUUUAACAUCAUAGCAAUAAUUAAAAAUCUAUCCUCUUUAACUACAAUUAAUAUAUAAUGUAUUUUCCGGAAGCCUUCCGGAAGGGGGCGUAAUUAAACUUAAAUAAAUUUGAAUUUAUUUUAAAACUUUUCUGCUUCUUCCAACUUUAAUAAGCACCAUUCUUUUAACAUCAAAGAACAUAGUUUAGUUUUAUGGCCUCAUCAAAAGAACAAAGGGGAGGGGAACAAUGGGUGGCACCUAAUACCCAACAGGAUGUACCACAAUCAGCAGAUUAUGAAAGUUUAGGAACUUUCUUUGGUUAUGCACUAGUAGUUUUGUCAUGGUUUUUAAUUAUCAUUACUUUCCCCUUCUCUAUGUGUGUGUGUCUAAAAGUUAUUAAAGAAUAUGAGAGGGUAGUAAUCUUCCGAAUUGGUAGACUUAUUUUUGGUGGAGCUCGUGGUCCUGGAAUGAUAUUUGUGAUUCCUUGUAUUGACACUUAUCGCAAAAUUGACCUCAGGGUGGUAUCAUAUGCUGUACCUCCUCAAGAAAUUCUCUCAAAAGAUUCUGUGACUGUUAGUGUUGAUGCUGUUGUUUAUUUUAGAACUUCUGAUCCUAUUGCUAGUGUAAACAAUGUUGACGAUGCAAUAUAUUCAACAAAAUUACUAGCCCAAACAACCUUAAGAAAUGCUUUGGGUAUGAAAACAUUAACAGAAAUGUUGACAGAACGUGAAGCUAUUGCACAACUUUGUGAAACGAUUUUAGACGAAGGGACUGAACAUUGGGGUGUUAAAGUAGAACGUGUUGAGGUUAAAGAUAUUCGUUUACCUCAACAAUUAACUAGAGCGAUGGCUGCGGAAGCAGAAGCUGCGAGAGAGGCAAGAGCCAAAGUGGUUGCUGCUGAGGGAGAACAGAAAGCGUCAAGAGCAUUAAAAGAAGCAGCCGAUGUAAUUCAAGCAAAUCCAGUAGCUUUACAAUUACGUCAUUUACAAGCAUUGAGUAGUAUUGCAGCAGAGCAUAAUUCAACAAUUGUCUUUCCAGUACCUGUAGAAAUGUUUGGUAAAAUAAAAAUUAAUUUUAAGGGGCAUUUAUGA